AUGGAUCCAUUUUCAGUUCAUGCGCAACUUAGUCCAAAUUGUGCAUUUGUUAAAUCUAUCAAACCAUCGACUGAUGUCUUCUUCUUAUCUUCGUGUCAUACACCGGCAACUAUUAGUACUGAUUUACCAACUACUGAUUCCAGUGAACAAGAUAAGUUCUCUAAAUGUCAAAAAACAAAAUUAACCAACGAAAGUAUUCAGACACCUGCUUUUGUCGAAGUGGAAAUGCUGAAACAAAUACGUCGUCAAACAUUUUCACACUGGCCGCAUCGAAUUACACCAUCUCAAGCACAAAUGAUUCAAGCUGGCUUUUUCAAUUGCAAUGUUGGUGAUCGGGUGAUCUGUAUCUAUUGUAACCUCAUUUGUCAGCAAUGGACGCCACAUACAGAUGAUCCAUGUGAAGUGCAUAAAACACUUUCGCCUCAAUGCCCUUUUGUGCUGAACAUGUUAGUACGUCGUGAAGCCACGCCUUUAUCAAUCAUUAAUCUGAAUUCCGUGACUGACGGAACAUCAACAGUUGCUGCUGUUACUAAUGCCUUUCGCUCGCAUGAGAUUGUGCUUACUGCCGCUUGUAACUCGUAUUAUAUAGAAAUUCCAAAACGCCAUCAAUCAUUUACUACGUGGCCCAGCGACCCACUUCCAUCCGUUGAUGAUCUCGUUCGCGCCGGGUUCUUUUAUACUGGUAAUAGUACCAUCGUUACAUGUUUCUACUGCAAUGGCUCAUUGCAGAAUUGGGGCGCAAACGAUAGUCCUACAAUUGAGCAUGCUCGGUGGUUUCCACAUUGUGGAUAUGCAAAACAACUCUGUGGAGAUGAUCUAUAUCGAAAAAUCCAGGAAUCGAAACGAACUGCACAAGAACGUGCUAGACCCAAAGAGACAAUCAACAAUAUUACGAGUAGUGCCCAAAAAUUGCAAAUAUCGGAUGAAAGUACAUUGUCGCGUUUUGUGGCGGCUCGCCUAGAUUUGCCUAUAUCGCAAAAGUUGCUUAACCAAAAUUUCAAAUUAUCGAUCAUCAAACGUUGUUGGGAGGAUCAACUUCGGUUAAAAUUGGAUGAUUUCGUUACCGACUGCGAUCUAUUGAUGGCUUGUACUAUUCUACAGAAACAAAUCACUGGUAUUAACGGCAAGAAAGAGAAUAUCAUAGUGCCCAGUAUUAAAAUGCGACAAGUGCGCGAGGCAUUUCUAUCAGAAAUCCUUCCUGCACAAUCAUCGACAUCGUCUCCUACUGCAGCAGUCUCAACGAUUAGAGUAGAGAAAGGUAUGACUUAUCACGGAAACUCAACGUCAACAGAUGGCCUCCGACAAUCACCUGCACAUCUCUUUGAAGUUUUUCUUGAAAUUCAUCAAUCGAUUAAUAACGAACCACCUGCAAUUUUAAUUCAAUAUCCAAAUGAUUUCUCAGAUCCAAUACUUAAAACGGCUGCUAAUUUUGCAUAUCCCUGUAAAAUUCCAUCCGAUGAUCAAAGUGAAUAUUUCACAUUUGUUGUUCUCGAUUCAACAAGUUUAAUUUUUCGUUUCGGAUAUUGUCGUCGAUCUAAUCGAGAAUCUACUUGUUUAUGUAUAAUGAGUUAUUAUCCAUGGUUUGAAAUAUUUUGUAAUAUUCUUAAUGAUGUAUCACAAAUAAUUAAUACACAAUCAGUCGCAGAAGUUGAAACAUUUUUAUCAUCAUUAUAUAAUUAUAAAUUAAUGUCAAUUGAAGAAUUUUAUAAACGUGGAGGAAAAGAAAUGAUUGAAAUUAAUAAUCUUUCAAAAGUUUAUAGUUAUCCUCGACCUGAUCAACGUAUACUUCCUUCAAUAUCAUCUAAUAGCAAUUUUACAAUAAUGUUUUCUCGAUUGGGUCCAGAUAUGACUCUACGUCUUUUUGCACAUUUAAUUUUUGAACGAAGAAUUUUAUUUAUUUCAUCAAAACUUUUUCAUUUAACUGCAUGUGCUUGUGGAUGUUUACAUUUAAUUAAUCCAUUGCAUUGGCAAAGUAUUUUUUUACCAAUUCUUCCCGAAUCUCUGACAUGGACAGCACAAUGUACAGCACCAUAUAUAAUUGGAAUACAUUCAAGUAUUUAUUCGAGAAUGAAUAAAAAAGAACUAGGUGAUGUAGUAAUAGUAAAUAUUGAUGAUAGAAAAAUUGAAUCACAAUAUGAUGAUCUGAAUUUAUUUCCUAAACAUUUAAUACGUAAUAUGAAAAAAGAUAUUCAACAAUCAUCACAAUUUAUUGAAGAUCACUUAGCAAGAAUUUUUCUUCGAGCUAUGGCAUCUAUUCUUGGAAAUUAUGCAAGUGGAUUUGUAAUAAAAAAUGAACAAUUAGAUUUCGAUAGAAAUGUUUAUUUGAGACAAUAUUUAAAAUCUGAUUUAAAUAUGUUUAUGUCUUCUGUUGUUAAUACACAAAUGUUUGAACAAUUUUCUCGGCAUCGAACUUAUCUGCAACUUCAUCCUGAUAUUGAUGUUGAUGAAUUUGAUAUUGAAGUAAAAAGUUUUGAACAAAGUCAACAAUCAAAAAGAUCUAAUGUCAACAAAAAAAUCUACCAAAUUCCAGAUAGAACUACCAAUCCAGAUACUGAACAAAUACAAACUAAAACUGAAAAAUUACAACUGAUAGAUAAACCUGAAGAAAGAGUUACAAAUGAAGAUUCAUCCGUAAAAACUCAUUACGCAUCAUUUGAUAUAAACAAUAGCAUUCAACAAAAAACUGACGAUUCAGUCGAAUCAAAUCAUCAAACAGCUCAACAGUCAAAUCCAUCGAGUUUCUUAAAUGAUGAAUCAUCUUCAUUAUUUCAUUCUUCAACUUCUAAAUUUGAUCAAGAUAAAACCAAUCAAUUAAUCGAUUUCAAUAUAGACGAAAAUCCAUUAUUACCAUUCUCUAUGGAAUCAAAUGUAAAUAAAAUACAUGAAACUCCGCGUUCAAAAAAAUUACAAAUAAAUUCAAAAAUAAAACAAUUACAAAAUGAACUUCAAUCUAAAGUUCAAGCAUUCAACAAUAAACCUAUUGAUCCACGUGAUGAAUAUGAUAAAGAACAAACUGAAGUCAACAAACUUAUUGAACAAUUUGAUCCAUUUAAUAAUUCAAAUGAUGUAAAUAAAACAAAACCCAUGAUAUUUCAUUCAGAUAUGGUUACAUUUAAUUGUCAUUCACCUAUUUCUGAAACAAUACCAACAAAUUAUGUGAAAAAUAUUCAAUCAAAUUAUGAAACCAAUACUCAAUUUAAUUCAAAGCCUGAUUAUUCUGCUGAACAAAAUUCUCAUUCUUCAUCAUCAAUAGAUUUUGAUCCUUUAAUACCAUCAGCAAAUAAUUCAUAUCCUCAUCUUCCAUCAUCAGAGACAAAUGAAUCAAAUUUAAUUGAUUUUAAUUAA